UCAGUAGGAGCACAGCGCAGCAUGAUUACUGUAGCCGCAGGCAGCUUAUAGAACAAGAUGAUCCAUUAAUCAUACUGACUGAGGAACGCUGAAGUAAAUGCCACAGACUUGGCAGGCUGCCAUUGGAACAAAGCAGCAAAAAGAGCGUCGUUUCUACACUGAAAGACAUGACGGGAAAGAGAAGGAUUUGGAGGGUGCUCUUUUUGCUGUGCCAGUUGCAGUGUUUGGCCUUUAUGGCUGCAGCAGGAUCUCAGCCCUGCUGCUUGAAUAACAGAAUCAACUGCUCAAACAAUGAAAUACCAAGAAGAAAAAAUCUAGAGAUAAACUCUGGCGUGGGCCUCGGGCAGCUCCCCACCGUUGAGUUUGCACACGUUUCUGGCAGUUUGAAACGGAUGAAGAGGGAGUGGGUUAUUCCAGCAAUUAACUUUCCAGAAAAUGACAGGGGUCCAUAUCCCAAAUUCAUUGUGAAGAUAAAGUCCAACAAUGAGGAAAAGGUGGUGAUAACCUACAGAAUCACUGGACCAGGGGCUGAUCAGCCCCCUGAGGGGGUUUUUACUGUUGAUCGGCGAUCUGGGGUGCUGUAUGUGACCCAGCCACUGGACAGGGAGAAUACAGCCAAAUACAGUCUGUGGGCCCAUGCACUGAAUGAGGCCAUUAGGGCUGAGGAGACCAUGGAGCUCAUUAUCAAUGUCAUUGACCAGAAUGACAACGCUCCAAAAUUCACUCAGAACCCUUUCUAUGGCAGAGUGAGCGAAAGCGCUGACAGUGGUGACUCCGUUUUAAAGAUAACAGCAGUGGAUAAAGAUGACCCACAGACAAGCAAUGCUAUGAUAAGGUAUAGGAUAAAGUCUCAGAAGCCCAAAGAGGACACGUUUGCCAUAAACCCAGUGAGUGGAAGGAUCAGUGUAAUGGCAGGCGGACUUGACAGAGAGACUCACUCAGAGUACAUGUUGAUCGUCGAAGCUGCUGACAUGGAUGGAGAGGGGCUAACAACCACCUGCACUGUUAUCAUUAGUGUCACUGACAGCAACGAUAAUGCUCCACAAUUCACUGUCACAUCUAUAUCUACAUCGGUCCCUGAGAAUGAGGUUGGGGUGGAAGUAAUACGACUAAAGGUCACUGACAAGGAUGAGUUAGGAUCUCCAAACGCCAACACCAAAUACUCAAUAAUCAAAGGCAACGAGAGGGGAGACUUCAACAUCACCACAGGCUCCAGUAAAAUGGAGGGAAUCCUCAAAUCAGCCAAGGAGCUGGAUUUUGAGAGCAAUCCUGUCUUCACUCUGCUGGUGGUGGUGACGAAUGAGGUGCCGUUUUCUGGAUGGGUGUCAACCUCGACAGCCACCAUCAAUGUAACAGUUGUGGACAAGAACGAACCUCCUGUUUUCAGUCCAGCCGAGAUCCAUGUAAGCAUCUCAGAAGAUGCGGAAACAGAGAGUUCUGUGGACGACCUCAGGGCGAAGGACCCAGACACAGCCAGGAAACAGAGCGUUCGAUAUAAACUACAUAAUGACACUGCCAGGUGGCUGAGUAUUGAUAAAGACUCGGGAUCAGUCAAAGUUAAAAGCAACAUGGACAGAGAAUCACACUAUGUCAAAGACAGCAAAUACACAGUUCUAGUGUUGGCUUAUGACAAUGAUACCGUCCCAGCUACAGGGACAGGCACUCUGGUUGUGAGUUUAUUAGAUGUGAAUGACCAUCCUCCUGUGAUCAAGCAGAAGAAAGCCAGCCUGUGCAAUAGUGACCCUUUUCCUGCCCUACUGGAUAUAGUGGACCUAGACGGACCUGGUCAUGCUGGACCGUUUAUUGUGGAGCUUCAAGGAGAGCACAAGCUCAACUGGAUUAUUAGUACCAAUUCCACAAGCAAUGUUGCAGCUCUGGCCCCCAAACGCGAGUUGUCACCUGGGGACUAUUAUGUGCUGUUGCGUAUCUAUGAUGUUGGGAUGAUCUACCUAGACAGUACACUGGACGUAGAAGUGUGCCAAUGUCAAGGGGCUGUCUCAACCUGCUUCAUCCCACGUUCUGCCCCACGUCUGCACAUUUCUUCUCUCGCAACCUCAGUUCUUGGAGCAAUUUUUGGUCUUCUGCUACUGCUCUUGCUGCUGCUGCUGCUGCGAAGGAGCAGGAAAUCGAAGAAGGAUGUCCCUCUUUUCGUAGACGUACCCAGCAACCACAUCUUCUGCUACAAUGAGGAGGGAGGAGGUGAAGAGGACCGGGAGUAUGACCUGAGCCUGCUUCACAGACGGCUUGAUAAACGCCCUGAAGUCUCCUGCACUGAUGUGUUUCCUACUGUCCAUAGCCGCCCAUGCUACCGCCUACAACUCCAAGCCAAUUACGAGACUGUCAAAUUCAUUGAGGAUAACCUGUAUGCUGCCGACAGUGACCCCGAAGCUCCACCUUAUGACUCUCUUUUAGUGUUUGACUAUGAGGGUGUUGGCUCAGAGGUGGGUUCAUUCAGUUCAAUGAACUUCUCAGACUCGGAUGAGGAGCAGGACUUCCUGAGCCUGGCCCUCUGGGGACCACGUUUCAGCAGGUUGGCUGACCUGUACACUGGCUGGGUAGACAAGGACGAGGACGACACAGAAACACUGCCAGGAAAAACAGAAUGGGUCUGACAUGUCCCCAUAUGUAUUUAUAGAUCUGCUAAAUUUGUGUCCAUCUGUCCAAGGUCCACAGAGUGCUGACCUCUUUCUGCUGCCCUCUAUGGCUUUUUAGCUGAGAUUCCAUAGCACUUCUCCUGGCUUGUUCAUUGCACUGACGUGUUGGAAUGUGCAGGUAAACAAUGACAUUUACAAACCAAAUAAUAUUUAAUAUGUGUCCUGAGAUUAUGGUGAUGAGGUCAUGUUAUUCAGGUAUAUGGUUUCACUUGUUUCAUGCCAAAACUUCAUUGCACAAAUAAAAGUAUUUUUUCUGUAAUGUCCACAACUUCAAUCACAAGUGCUAUUGGAAUUCUAAUUUUAAUUUAUUUAUUUUCAUCUCAUUCAAGUAAAUGUGGGCAAUAAUUGAAGAAGUGAGUGUGAACAGCAUUUGUGGUUGGAAGUUCAAAGCAUUUAGCAGGCCUGUGGUGGAGCUCGUAGUUACAGGGGGCUAACAUUAACCUCUACACAUUUUAUUUUUUAUUUUACUUUCUCUAUUUAUCUGUACUGCUGUCCUUGUGGUGGUGCAACAAUUGAAUUUCCCCUCUGAGGAUCAAUAAAGGUUUAUCUUAUCUUAGCAUCUGUUAAGAGAUUUUUAAAUUUUCAAACUGCUCAUAUUAUGCUUAUAGGCUGUUUCCCUUUCCCUUAUUAUGUUAUAUAUAUUUUUGUUCACAUUAUAGGUUUACAAAAUGAAAAAGC